AUGCAGAUCAACUCAACCCCGCAAUACCAAACGAAGAAAGCUCAUGAAACUAACCAGAAAUGGUGCAAUAACCAUAAGAUCGAAAAAGCGGAAAGGCUUUGGCAGCUGAUGGCGCAAAUCCAUAAAUCGAUUUCUCCCGAUGAUUUUCGGAUUUUUAUGCCUAGGCUCCAUGUAAUCGCUUGUUAG